UCACCCUGCUAGCACGCACUCCCGUCCGCACCCGCAGCGAUGGCGGCCAGGUUCCUCGUCCCGCUGACCUUCCUCGUCGCUGCCGCGUCGUGCGGCCGCCAAAACAGCCUCACCCUCGUCAUAGACAACUCGCCGUCUAUGGGCGAUGAGAUCGCGCAAGUUAAGGAAGCCGCUAAGUCGAUUGUUGACACUGUUUUGGGAGAAAUAUCGAGCCAGAUUGAAGAUAUUGUGCUUGUGACGUUUAGGAAUCAUGGCGACAAACAAAAUCCAUCCGCCAUACUUAGAAAAAAAACCCGCGAUGAGAGAGAACUCAAACAAGCUCUCGACGCAAUAACUCUAGACUCCGCAUACUGUUACGAAGUCGCUCUGUCGGGCAUCAAGAAGGGUUUGGAGGAGAGCCGACAGGGCUCAUACAUGUACGUGUUCACUGACACGUCGUCUGAGGACCAUAACAGGUUUGAAGAGAUCAAGACUAUGUGUCAGGAGAAACAAAUUCAGAUUAAUAUCAUUGUGACUGAUAUUACGUGUGGUCUGGAGUCUGAAGCAGGAUACCAGGUUUACCACAAAAUAGCAACAGCGUGCAGCGGGCAAGUCCUAAGAGUUGAAAAAGGCGAAGUGCGAAAUCUUAUGCCCGUUGUAAGGGAUACCGUUAAGGGUGACAAGAAUGUCGUCAAAGUCGAUAACGUCCCUCCCUCUCCGCACGCGUGGAGAGAUGUAAAGUUCAACAUCGACGACCAAACGGAGUACGCUGUGGUGUCGGCUUCUGGGGCCGGUGUAGAUCUGCAAGUCUACGACCCGAAUAACCACAAGAUAACCGGCACGCAUAUGACAUGGUUGAGCAAUGUGAAGGUCAUAAAGAUAGGAAACUUAGUUCCUGGCACCUACACAGCUAAGGUGAAGGGCAACUCACAAGUCAGUAUAAUGGUAUACGGACGGACGGAUUUCAAGUUCCAACAUGGCUUCUCCACCGCUGUGCAGACCAACAUGCAGGCUACUGACACACAACCCACUACAGCCGUCCCAACUCUCCUCAUGGUGUCCGUACAAGACAAGAAGCACUCCGCAGUCAUCCGAGAGGUGGCGCUACUGAACAUGCGCGACCAGGUCAUCAUGAAACUGCCGCUCACCAACGUGCAAGGAGACAUCUAUAAGACCAACAUGUUCCUGUCUCCGGAAGACACGUUUAAAAUCGCUGUGGUUGGAACAUCGAAAAGCACUGGGGCUGAAAUAAAGCGUGUCGCUAAAACGCCUGUCACGCCAUACAGUCAGUGGCUCCAUCUAUAUCUAAACCCACGUUAGUUCUACGCGUUAGUGAAGGCGACGCAGUUGACUUACAUUGCAAAAUCAUCGCCGGCAAGCCUAGGCCCCAAAUAUCGUGGUACGUGAAGAAACAAGGCGCAAGCGCGUUCACUCCGCUCCUUAACACGGGCGAAGAGUACCACAUUGCUGCAGCUCUGACCAACGAUCAGUACAAGUG